AUGGAGGACAAAGGCAGCUUCUACGAGAUGAGCCGCGACCGGCCGCCCUACGGCCUCGCCCUCGUCAUGGUCGCCUUCCUCUCCAUGGCCACCUUCAACGGCGUCGACAUCCUCACCAAAAUCUACUUCACCUUCCGCCGCCGCUCCGGCCUCUACUUCUGGUCCAUCACCCUCUCCACCUCCGGCGUCUUCCUCUACGUCGUCGGCUUCGUCAUCAAAUACUUCGUCACCAUCGACGCCACGCGCUGGGUCGGCCUCACCUUCAUCGUCAUAGGUUGGGUGCCCAUGGUGACCUGCCAGUCCCUCGCCCUGUACUCGCGCCUCUACCUCGUCAUCCGCGACUCGCGCGCCCUCAAGCUGCGCGCCGUCCUCGCCAUGAUCAUCGUCGACGCCAUCCUCUUCCAGAUCCCCACCUGCGUCCUCGUCUUCCUGGCCGAGACCAGCGCCGCCCGCGCCGCCCUGUACAUGACGUACGAGAAAGUCCAAGUGACGGCCUUUACGCUGCAGGAAUGCGUCAUCUCCGGCCUCUACAUCUACGAAGCCUGCACCAAAGUCCUCAAGCCCCUGCCCGAGCCCCCGCAAACCGCCCGGACGACGCUGAUGACCAACCCGGCCGCCCACCACCACCACCACAACCCCAACAACCCCAACCCCAACCCCAACCCCAACAGCGCCGGCCCCUCCCCCACCUCCACCACCCUCGCCGCGACAACCACAACAACCACAACGACCUCGACCUCGACCUCCUCCUCCCUCACCGCCGCCGCCGUUUACCCCUCCCUCUCCAACCGCCACACCCUCCGCGCCAUCCGCCGCCACCUCAUCUACGUCAACCUCGUCGUCGUCGCCCUCGACUUCACCCUGCUCGGCACCCAGUUCGCGAACUUCUACCGCGUGCAGACGACGUUCAAGCCCUUCGUCUACAGCGUCAAGCUCAAGCUCGAGUUCGCCAUCCUCAACCGCCUCGUCGCCGCCGUCAGGGGCGGGAACAAGUUCAGUUUGCCGGGGAGUGGCGGGAGCGGUGGGAGCAGUGGUGGGAGUGGGAACGAUGGAGGUGGGGGGUGGGGAGGGGUGGGCGGGGGGAGGGGCACGGGGGCCGGGGAGGAUGAGUUUAGGUGGCCGUAUAAUGGUCAUGGGGGUGGUGAGGCGCAGGCGGAUGUGGAUGUGGAGAUGGGGGUGGUGGUGGGGGGUGGGGGGGAGGAGGAGGCGCAGAGGCGGACGGAGGCUGGGGGGAGGGGGGAUGGAGAGGAGAAGGGGGGGAGUGUGAAGGCGGCGGAGGCGAGGGCCGAGGGGGGGAGGAGGAGGGCGGAGCCGGGGGCGUUGGGGAGGGAGGACUCGUUGCAGAUGGCUGCGUUGAGGGAUAGGUCGUCCGAGGAGGAGGAGGAGGAGGAGGAAGAGGAAGAGGAAGAGGAAGAGGGCCGUGUGCGGCCUGCGCCUGUGGGCGGGCCGCCUUGA